UCAGGCCGGGUAUAAGGGGCGACCCGGCGCAGAGCAGGCACCAGUCGACCGGCAGACCGUCCCACGCUGCACACCGUCCCCGUUCUCCCCGACCGAGCUAACAUGCAGACGCUGGUGCUAUGCUGUCUGGUGGCGGCGGCGGCCGCCGCACCGCAGCAGUUCCUGCAGAACAACCGGCUGGUGUCGGUCGGCCAGCCAGAGGUGCGCAUUCUGAGUCAGCGCUUCGACACCGACCAGGAGGGCAACUACGAGUACGCCUACGAACAGGACAACGGCCAGAAGAUGGAGGAGGUGGGCCGAGUGCAGCCGGGCAGCCAGCCAGAGACCGGCACCAUCACCAUGGAGGGAUCGUUCGAGUACGUCGGCGACGACGGCCAGACGUACCAGGUGGCGUACGUGUCGGACGAGGGCGGCUUCCAGCCGCGGGCGGCGCACCUGCCCGUGGCGCCGGCGCAGAUCCCCGAGUACGCCCAGCUGCGGGCCGAGCACCCGGAGCUGUUCUGGGCCGAGAACGCCGGCGUGCGCAUCGACGACCAGUUCAACCAGCGCUCGGGUCAGUUUGACGCGCGGCGCGGCGGCCAGCUCAUCUUCUAGACAGCUGGCGGACCGGCCUCGCCGCGGCACGGCGGCGGAGGCCUCGCGAUGGAGGGAGAGCAAGCACACCACGACAGCGCGGGCUGGCCAGCGGGCUGCGGAGGCUGGCACGGCUGCGUCGAAGCCGCCGUCGAUGCUCCGACGUCUAGUUCGGUCACGCCCAGCGCAAGCGCAAUCAGAAGCUUGUAGAUGGGCAAUCGGAUGUUUGUGGGUGCCAGUUGGUGUAAGAUGCAUCGAAACGUGGGUUGACAUAUGUGCAAAAGGUACAGAAUAUAUGGCCAGCCUUCA